AUCAACUCAUUUAAUUUCAAUUGGAUUAAUCAAGUCGAUCGAUAAUGUCAUCAUUUAAAGAAAUAUCAAGUCUCAAGCUUUUUGAUGGUUACCAAAAAAGAUACUCUCAUCACAGUUCAACCAACAAUUGGGAAAUGAAAUUUGCCAUUUAUUUGCCUCCAAAUGCAUUGAAAGGUGACAAAUGUCCUGUUAUGUUGUGGUUAACUGGACGGACUCUGGGUGAAUGGGGUUUCACCAAUAAAUCGGGAAUCCAACGAUUUGCUGCCAAAAAUGGUUUCAUUAUUGCAGCACCCGAACCAACACCGAGAGGAAUUGAGCCUAAAGAUGAAAAGGGUGAAUUGCCUGUUGGAGCUCAAUAUGGUUACUAUGUUGAUGCAACCGUUGACCCUUGGUCUAAACAUUAUAACAUGUAUUCUUAUAUUGUCGAUGAAUUUUAUUCCCUAUUAACAUCGACUGUUUUCCCAGUUAAACCUGAUUUGAUUGGACUUUCAGGUCACUCAAUGGGAGGAACAGCGUCAAUACCAAUUGCUCUACGAAACCCAGACAAAUUUCUUAGUGUUACAUCCAUGUCAGGCAAUUACAUUCCCACUAAAACUGAACGCGGUCAAGAAAUUUUCAACAUUUAUUUAGGCUCUGAUGUUGAAUCUUGGAAGGUCUAUGAUCCAAUUCAUGUCAUUAAAAGCUAUGAAGGUCCAGAAAGAACCAUAUUCAUUGAUGUGGGAGGUGCUGAUCCGGUAAUGGAUGAUGCUUUCGAUAGUGACUUGUUUGAUGCCUUUAGAGGAACCAAUUUGUCUCUUGAGUUCAAAAUUAGAAGCGGCUAUCACCAUGCUUAUGAAUAUAUUCAAUCAUUUGUAGAGGACCAUUUAUUGUGGCAUAAAACUAUUUUUGACGCUCAUCGUUAAUUUUUUAUCAUUCUGUGUAAUCGGUAUUAGUCGUGAUUUUAGUUUCAUUGUUUUACGAUAAUAAUUAGACAAAAGCCAAUCAACACGUUUAUUUGUAAAGCUUUUCUUUUAUUUAUUCAGUACAACUUUCAUUUGUUUUAAAUAAAGUGGCAUUUU